UUUAUAGUAAAUAUUAAGAAAAGGAAAAAUAUCGUAGUACAUUCCUACAUAACUGAAAAGGAGGAGAGUAAAGGGAGGAGGGUCAAAGGCAUGGAACCGAUCUUUUCCCCAGAUGGCGCAUCGAUCGGCUAUACAUUUCUCAACUUAAAUUUCUGCUCAAAGUUGUUCAACGAAAUAAGUGUUGAGAGAAAAUAAGCAGUCGGAAACUUUUGCAUAUUCAAUAUUAAGCACUCGAUCCGAUAUAAACAAAUAGUUGAAAAUCAUAUUUUUGAUUCUAAAAAGAGUGUAUAUCGGUCGAUAGUAUCAACAUUAAUAGUUGAAUAAUUUCUGUUCUCUGACUAUGAAAUAAUGUUGUAAUAUUUGACAUAAUUUUUGUUAUCGGGUUCUCAAUCGCAUGAGAAUGAUUUUCUGAAAAAUGUUUGCUUGCUAGAUACGUACAUUUUUCACAAUAAGUAUUGUAUGUACAUGGUUUAUUUGUUUAUCCCAAAAGUAUUAUUCGGGCAAUAAGUGUGAUAAAACUUAUUAGUCGUGAAGCGACACCUUUCUAAAAGUUUGUGCAGUAAGAGUUUCGACAGAAAGAUAAUUUAAAAAAAAAAGAAAGAAAGAUUUAGUUCACGCCAUACGGAAGCUUUAUCCAUCCAAAGUGUCUUAUUUAUAUGAAAAUAUAUAUUUUGUUGUGAGCAGAAACUUAACCAUUUACAUCCUGAAAAAUUCUCUUUGACAUUUUAUUAAAAACAUAUUAAGUUGUAUACAAAAAUAAUAAAUAUACAUAACAUAAAUACACUUGAAAACACUGUGACCAUCUUCGAAAUGACCACUUAAGUUAUUUUAUGCAAUUCAUGUUGUAAGUUGAUAAAAAAAAUAUGCAUAACUAUACUAUUUAAUCAUAUUACUCGCGUUAAAAUACCAAGUAAUGGUUAUAUAAAUACCAUCAUAUGUUAUUCUUAUUCGAGUAGUGCAUAUUGUAACAGUUUCACAUCAUUUGGUAUGUUCAUCCUGUAAAGUUGCCUUAUUCAUGCUGUAUCAGUAAAAAAAAUCCCCUCAUUCAUGUAAAAUGUGUGAUAAAACAUCCUCACAAGAAAUUUGCAUAAAUGAACUUUCUCAUACUGGAGAAAAAUCUUAUAUAUGUAGUAUUUGUGAUAAAAGAUUCACACAGAAAUCUCAUUUCAAUGCACAUUCUCUUGUUCAUACUGGAAAAAAACCUUAUGUAUGUAGCAUUUGUGAUAAAAGAUUCUCAUACAAAUUUACUUUAAAUAAACAUUCUUUUCUUCAUACUGGGGAGAAACCUUAUCCAUGCAAUGUGUGUGAUAAGACAUUCUCGCAGAAAUUUAACCUACAAGCACACUAUCUUGUUCAUACUAGAGAGAAACUUUUUUCAUGCAAUGUAUGCAAUAAAACAUUCUCACACAAAAAAAACUUGAGUGAACACUAUCGUGUUCAUACUGGAGAGAGGCCUUUUUCAUGCAAUAUGUGUGAUAGAACAUUCACACAGAAAGGUAGUUUAAAUAAACACUAUCUUGUUCAUACUGGAGAGAAGCCUUAUUCAUGCAAUGUCUGUGAUAAAAAAUUCUCCCAGAAAAGAUAUUUAAAUGAUCAUGCUCUUGUACAUACCGGAGAGAAACCUUUUUCCUGCACUGUGUGUGGCAAAACAUUCUCCAAAAAAGGAAAUUUAAAUGAACAUUCUCUUGUUCAUUCAGGAGAAAAACUCUAUUCAUGCAGUGUGUGUGAUAAAGCAUUUAAACAGAGAGGAAGUUUAAAGCAACACAAUCGUAUACAUACUGGAGAGAAACCUUAUUCAUGCAAUCUGUGCGAUAAAACAUUCUCACAGAAACUUUAUUUAAAUGAACAUACUCUUGCCCAUACGGGGGAGAAACCUUAUUCCUGCAGUCUGUGUGAUAAAACAUUUAAACAAAAAGGUAGUUUAAACCAUCAUUAUCGUGUUCAUACUGGAGAGAAACCCUAUUCGUGUAAUGUGUGUUAUAAAACAUUCUCGCAGAAAAUAUAUUUAAAUGAACAUUCUCUUGUGCAUACUGGAGAAAAACCUUAUUCAUGCAGUGUAUGUGGUAAAGCAUUCUCUAAAAAAAGAAAUUUAAAUGAACAUUCUUUUGUACAUACUGGGGAGAAACCUUAUUCAUGUAGUGCAUGUGAUAAAACAUUUAAUCAGAAAGGAAGUUUAAAUAAGCACUAUCUUGUUCAUACUAGGAAAAAACCUUAAUCGUGUAAUCUGUGUGAUAAAACAAUCUCACAGAUAAUAUAUUUAAAUGAACAUUCUUUUGUGCAUACUGGAUCGGUACUUUUAUGCAGUAUCUUUCUUCUUACUACUAUUUUCUUCAUACACACAGUUCCUAUAUGUUAAAAUAAUCACUGAGAAAGAACACUUAAGUUAAAGCUGUUGUUUCUAUUGAAGAGAAACCGCAUGCUGCGUAUAAAAUAAAACAUUUAAAUAUUCUGGAUCAUUUAAAUAUCUGUCUUUACGAAAUUCAGUUGGUCAGGAACUUUAUAACCGAUUUUUCACAAAUUUCGUGUAUUUUGACAUGUAAAAUUUCAUUCUUUAAGAUGAUGCA